GGCUUGUUGUUUCAUCUUCCGCAUUAUCGCGUCGCAUCUGUAAACGGACACUUUUAUCCCUGAUUGAAAGAUAAGUAAAAAUGAAUGUAAUCGAUCAUGUGCGGGAAAUGGCAGCGGCCGGGCUGCACUCGAAUGUGCGGAUCAUCAGCAGUUUACUCCUCACCAAGAGCACCAAUAACCCGGAGCUCUUCUCACCGUCUCAGAAAUACCAGCUGCUGGUGUACCAUGCUGAUGCCAUCUUCCAUGAUAAAGAGUACAGAAACGCAGCCUGCAAAUACAACAUGGCUUUACAGCAGAAGAAAGUGCUCAGCAAAACUUCAAAAGUGCGUCCCUCCAACAUAGGUGGCACAACAUCUGCUCUGCAAGCACAGAAUUUGCCAUCGGAGAUUGAAGUGAAAUAUAAAAUUGCUGAGUGUUACACUAUUCUGAAGUUGGAUAAAGAUGCAAUAUCAGUGCUGGAUGGGAUCCCUUCUCGACAGAGAACACCAAAGAUCAACAUGAUGCUGGCCAAUCUUUACAGGAAGGCCGGCCAGGAGCGUUCAGCUGUUACAAGCUACAAGGAGGUCUUAAGACAAUGCCCACUUGCUCUUGAUGCUAUUAUUGGGCUUCUGUCUCUGUCGGUGAAGGGGGCGGAGGUCGCUUCCAUGACGAUGGAUGUGAUCCAGAGCAUCCCGAAUCUUGAUUGGCUGUCUGUUUGGAUCAAAGCACAUGCUUUCAUACAUGGAGGGGACAAUCAGAGAGCGAUCAACACUAUCUGCUCCUUGGAGAAGAAGUCCCUCUUGAGGGAUAACGUUGAUUUGUUAGUCACCCUGGCUGAUGUAUACUUCAGGGCUGGAGACACCAAGAACUCCAUCUUGAAGUUUGAGCAGGCACAGAUGCUCGACCCUUACCUUAUUAAAGGUAUGGAUGUGUAUGGAUAUCUUAUGGCCAGAGAAGGUCACCUAGAAGAUGUUGAGGUUCUUGGAGGACGACUAUUCAACAUAUCUGACCAGCAUGCUGAACCCUGGGUCAUUUCUGGGUGUCACAGUUUCUACAGUAAACGCUACUCUCGAGCCCUCUAUCUGGGAGCUAAAGCCAUUCAGCUGAACAGUAACAGUGUGCAGGCUCUCCUCCUGAAGGGGGCGGCACUGCGUAACAUGGGACGAGUGCAGGAGGCUAUCAUACAUUUCAGAGAAGCCAUGAGACUGGCACCCUGUCGUCUGGACUGCUACGAAGGCUUGAUUGACUGCUACCUUGCUUCUAAUGGCAUCCGUGAGGCAAUGGGAAUGGCCAAUAACAUUUACAAGACCCUGGGUGCUAAUGCCCAAACUCUCACCAUCCUGGCCACAGUGUGUCUGGAAGACCCCAUGACUCAAGAGAAAGCCAAGACACUGCUGGAUAAAGCUCUCGCUCAGCGACCCGACUACAUCAAAGCUGUUGUAAAGAAAGCUGAGCUCCUUAGUCGAGAACUGAAAUACGAGGAAGGGAUCACACUUUUACGAAACACUUUAGCAAAUCAGAGCGACUGUGUGCUUCACAGAAUGCUGGGGGAUUUUCUGGUUGCUGUUAACGAUUAUCAGGAGGCCAUGGACCAGUACAGUAUAGCGCUCAGCCUUGAUCCGAACGACCAGAAGUCGCUGGAGGGCAUGCAGAAGAUGGAGAAGGAGGAAAGCCCCACAGACGCGACAGUUGAGCUGGAUGGUGAUGAUAUGGAGGGCAGCGGGGAGGAGGGAGACCUGGAGGGCAGUGACAGUGAGGCGGCUCAGUGGGCCGACCAAGAGCAGUGGUUCGGGAUGCAGUGACCCCAAAAACCCGCUAACUGACUCCCAAGAACACUUCUUUGUUCUGUGUGUGCCACAGGUCACAUCCACACUGCCACUGCAAUGAUCACUGCUCUCCAGUGGUGAGUUAUGCACAUUGUCAAUGGGGGUAAUUUGAUUUGUGGAUGACAUUUGGAUUUUAUGUCAUUUUGACUUUAUUCGUUUGAUACCUUGCCCCUAAUGUUUCCAGUUAUGUCAUAUCAAGAGAUUAUUUGGUAUAUAACUGAUAAUCAGUAUGUAAAUUAUCUUAGACCGGACUCUACUAGUACACAGUUCUACAAAACCAGAUUAUAUUUCAACAUACGGGCCUGAAUAUCUUGGACUGAAUCCACAGUUUAACGCUUAACGCUAGUUGUUUGUUUGAUGUCAGUGAGUAUUUGGUAUCGAAGAGAAGUUGUCAGUAUUGUUUGGCUUUAAACAUCAUGAACUACACUUCUACUGUUUUUGGGGUAAAAUACAUGACUAGGCAACUCUGCUAUCUGCCCACUAUAUUCAUACAUUUGUCAAAUCUGUCAUUAUUAUGCAUGCUCUAUUGAUGUAUUUUUGUACUUUCAACUGUCAAAGCGAAGAUGAUGUUGUUAAAGAGAGUUCUCUGCAUUGCUGUGGAAAUGCCUUCAAACACAAUCCCACAAAAUCCUUUCCUUAACUUUUCUUAUACUGAAUCACUUGAUGUAACGUCCAGGUCACAUUUCACCCCAUAAUCAAAAUUAAGGAAAUUAAGCCUGUUUUUAGGACCUGGCACUAUAACACCAUUUUUAGGACAAUGUGUCACAUUUGUCUUACCAUAAUACACCUUUUAGUUUUUUGUGAUUGCCAUUGUUCCCAAUAGUGAAUCUCAUUUCUGUAAAGCGAUGCAAAAACUCUUAAAGGCAUAGUUCACACAAAAAUGAAAAUUCUCUCAUGAUUUAAUCUCCCUCCUGGCAUCCCAGAUGUGUAUGACUUUCGUUCUUCUGCAAAACACAAAUUAAAAUUCUAAGAAGAAAAUUACAGCUCUGUAGGUCCAUACAAUGCAAGCGAAUGGGUGCCAACAUUUUGAAGCUCCAUUAACAUAAAGGUGGUAUAAAAGUAAUCCAUAUGACUCCAGUGUUUUAAUCAGACAUAUGAUAGGUGUGGGUGAGAAACAGAUCAAUAUUUAAGUAAUUUAUUUUAUCAUAAAAUCUUCAACCUGCCCAAUAGGGGGUGAUGUGCACAAUAAAUGUGAAUCACCAAAAAACAGAAGAAGAAGAAGAAAGUGGAGAUUGACUGAUCAGGGAGGAGAACUUAUAGUAAAAAAAAAACUUAAAUAUUGAUCUGUUUCUCACCUACACACCUAUCAUAAAGCUAUGCUGAAGAUAUGGAUUCAACCACCAGAGUCGUCUGGAGAACUUUGAUGUUGCUCUUAUGUGGUUUUGGAGCUUCAAAAUUUGGCACCCAUUCACUUGCAUUGUAUGGACCUACAGAGCUGAAAUAUUCUCCUAAAAAUCGUCAUUUGAGUUCAGCAGGUAAAAGGAAGUCUUACACAUCUUGGAUGGCAUGUGGUUGAGUAAAUGAGAUCAUUUUCAUUUUUGGGCGAACUAACCCUUUAAUGGUACUAAAAAUAUAUUUUGUUGAUUUUGGGGUGAAAUAUGACUUGAAUUCAAGAAGAAAUGUAAUCAUACAAAUUCAGUUUCUGUAACCG